AGGCAGAACACUUGAUAAACAAGCCACAUUUUAUUUUUCAAAUGUGGUUUGAACUGGGUGUGACCUAGUAACCUAUGUGAAAUUACUGCAAUUGGCUGGGAUAGGUGGGGCAGGUUUGAGACUGAUCUCAGGAAUUAAUAAGAAAAAUACACUUUCUCAGCUGCUUCAACAAUGUCUGUAAAUGAAUAACUUAAAUGCUAAAUAUUUCCAAUAGAUGGCAGCAUAAGACCACGAAGCAUCAGUUAUAGGCAUUGAUUGACAUAAUAUAGCAUGCAACCAAAGACUAUGUCCUAUGAUUUUCUAAAAUGGUCACUCUCAUUCCUUUACAGGUAGCUAUUUGUCUAAUAUUAGGCCUGUGAGCAAAAAAAUUGUGACUAUAGCAGGUAUUGAAACCCGGCCAAAUAAUCACUAGGCAGGUGCACUAACCUCAACCCUAGUAGAUAUACAUAUAUAUAUAUAUAUAUAUAAAAAAACAUCUUCAAAUAGAAAAGAGUGCUCCUCCUAGUGGCCGCCUCUGAAUGUGUGACCAGAAGGAAAUUGGCAGACCUGCAACCCUUGGACUGUGUAUUGGUUUUGUCACCUGGAGCUGAAAAAAUAGAGAGAUGGGGAGGGAGGGGUGAAAGAGUGCAGUUUAAAGGUUUAUCAUUAAUAACUGACACAAUUCUGUAAUUAAUACACAUUAGAAUAAUAAUACAUAGUGACAAAUAGUUACUGUAUUGUUUAGUGUUUUAUUUACUCAGGUAGUGCCCCAAUGAGGGAUCGAACCAUGUCUCAAAAGCAGCAGAAAAGGUAAAAUAAGGUCACCAAAAUGUCCGUUAGGGGUAUACACGACUGGCCGUACACAGUAGGCAGCUGAUUGUUCGCAGACCUCCAAAAUACCAUAGAAGAAGAAGAAACGGAUGUAAGCUAAGCGGUUUGAGCUUCCUUGGCAACGUGAGGCUUUUUAUAGCUACAUUUUGUUAGCAUGUCUUCAAUAGUGUUGGAUUUUCGUGCAUAGGUCACGUGAGUAGUUUGUCUCGUUUCCUAGUUAAUGCUACCUAUUGUUUUGCGGUGCUAGCUAACGUUAGCUAUGUUUUUAUCUAGCUAACGUUAGCCGGUAGAGUUCGCACCUGUUAGACAAAAAUGUCCACAUACCAUUUUUAUCGCGCAGUGCAGCUAGUUAUUGUACUUUCUGCACGUGUGACCCAUGCGGCCACAGAUGGAGGAGUCAACACAGAGUCUUCAAUAACAACGAACAGUCCAAAAACCUAUGAGUCUUUCAGUAGCACUGACCCGAUGUAUACCGUUUCAACUGUUGCAUUGGAUACUUUUGCAACUGCUUCUGCUGAAACUGUCACUCAAGAUGGUGUUUCCACGGUAACCACGGACCUGGCUCCAUCAUCUGAAGCCACCACCGAGCCAGUCAUUGAAACUGUCGCACCUCCUGUUGAAACUACUGCCAAAACAAGUCUGAUUCCAAAAGUGUGUUUAUGUGAUUUGACCCCAGACUUCUGUGAUAUUGGCUGCUGCUGUGACAUUGUGGACUGCGACAUCCCUGACUUGAGCUCUGUCUUCAAUGGAUGUUUAGAUGAAGUCAUAUAUGGUGAAUGCAUUGAGAGCUGGUUGAUAUUCAGAGUCAAUGUGGAUCCUUCAUGCGUCACUGUCACAAACAAAUUUGUCUGCAUUCGACCAGAAGAGGGUAAACACACACACACACACACACACACACACAAAAACAACAUUUUCCUGAUGGUGAUCCAUCCAUUCCUUUCUACAGAUAAUAAUACAGUUUCCCAGAUCCUUCCAGCUCUUGCUAAUACACCAUUGGACUCCUCCUACCACUUCUCUUGGAAGGGAUCCGCAACUUAUAGUACCCACACCAAAGAUUUCUACAGGGUUGAUGACACAAUCAUGUCCCAUUUCAACAGCUCCUCCAUUCGUGGGGUCCUUCGACAGCCUUCACCAGGGGCCGCCACGUCUUCCUGUGUCGACCGUAACCCUGCCAGGUUCCUGAGGUCUAUUUCUCUCUCUUGCACCCGCACACUGACUCCCCUAUCCUGUGCCACAGACCCCAGUCUCAAUGCACAGUCCUACUUCCAUGACAUCAGCCUGCUCAAGAUUCCAGUCCGUGAGAGUAUUCAGAUUUUACCAGAAAAUCUGAUCCCAGUCACUCCAGUAGUUGGCCAUGGUUGGCCUAAACCGAGAGAACAAAAUGGUUCCUGUCUCAAUGUGGUGUCAAAGGUGGACUAUCUUAUAUGGUACACAAUUAUAGGGGAGAUCGCUAUGGCAACAGUAAACAUGGUCUUGGUAGACACUGACUCGGAUACGAAUCUUUUGCAGAAGCACACUGUCCGUUUUCAGUUAUCCACGCCCCCUCCUACUCCUGAACCAACCCCUGUGGUGGGACUAACAAUGGGGACUCCUGUGAUUGGUCAGUUUGGCGACGCGGUCCAACCUCUAACACUUCUGGGUGUGUCACUGGGGGGAGAGUGCUCUAUUAACCCCAGCAGCCGCAUGCCCAUCCUUUUCACUCACAACACCAUCACAGGAUGUACCUUCAGUUCUCCCUCAAGUAACUGCUCUAAGCUGCGCUCCCAGCUCUAUAGAGUCCUCCGGGGGGUUGCCACACCCAACCUGGUUGCCAUGACUGUGGGGUCACAACCAGACUGGGCAAGAGUCAUCACACAGGCAUGCUCUGUGACGCCACAGUCUCCGGAGGAGUCGUGUGAGUCCGGGUGUCUCCUCCCCCACUCCCUGUCAGUCCAGGUGCUGUGGGCUCAGACAGGUCCCCUGGCCUUUCCCCAGAACUACAUUCUAGGGGCCAAAUACCUCUUCCACUGUCAGAAGGUCAAGUGUCCCCUCGUCUCGCCUUUCGCUGUGACCACAGAAGUGAUGUUUGUUGACACUACAGUCUACCCAGAACCCCCCAGGGGAACGCCACAGCCCAAGUGGAAAUUUCCAUUUGACUUCUUCUCCAGAGGGACAGGCGAGCUGGAUGGACAGACUGUCACCACCAACAGUAGUGGCCUCAAAAAGGUCACGUGGGAUAUAAUGUUUGUUGCACUACUACUGUUGUGCUGGUUUCACUAAAAUGUUUGUUACAGAACUAGAAAUGUUCACUUGAUAAUCAAUUUAGCUUGCAUGUUGGAUUUGUUUGUUACUGUUUGUGGCUGAAUAGAUUAAAUAAUUUGUGAAAUUGGGCACAAUUGUUUGGUUUGAAAUCUCAGGCAAUUUUAAAUUAAACAGCAAUGAUUUCCUAAACUACCAUAGUUAAUUUUUGUACAUUUAUUUUUUUCUUAGUCAUUAUUUCACUGAGAUAUCGGUAUGUUGCUUGCACACAGCUGUCCCUUUCCCCCCUCUUUUUGGCUCGAUCGGUUUCUGUGCUCUGUGUGUCUGUUCCUCUGCCCGGUCCUGAGGACAUAGUUGAGAAGGUGGAUGAUCCCAGCAGGCGUCAUGCCUGGUAGACGGGUAGCAGCGCCCAGCUAAUUUACAAAGACAAGACAAGUGUCAAACUCAAAAACAAUCAUUUUACAAAUAAUGUAUUAUCAUGACUAUUUAAGCACAGCCCAACUUUUGGUAGAUAGAGCUUAGUUAGCUUUCAUCAAGGAACAUCCUUUGAAGCUAUAGGCCCACACACAGUACCAGUCAAAAGUUUGUCUCUAAUAAAUCUACCAUGAAUCUACCAUAGAUUUAUUAAACGAACUUAUUGUGGAUAGAAAUCUGUGUGCGAUGACAGUGCACUUCAUUUUUCGCUUAAGUUUUCAUGUACCGAAUUUGUUUCCAUCCCAUUUUCAACUACUGAUCAUUUUGCCACAAACUAUUGUGUUAAAUAGCAAAUGUACCUCCUCUGGUCUUGGCACGUGUGCUCUAGCCAACAGCUGGCAGAUACAGUGCGGGUAGGGGCUAGUCUACAUGAUGAGAAUAUUUGUCAAACAGCAGUUAAGCAUCGAUCAUGUCAUCAGAAUAAGACCCUCAAUAUUUAUUGGAAAGGAGCAUCAAGCUCAUCACAGUGCACUUUCAACACCCUACUCUUGUCUUAUCUACGCAUAGUCACUUUACCCCUACCUACAUGUGCACAUUACCUCAACUAACCCGUACCCCUACACAUUGACUCUGUACCGAUUGUAUAUCGUCUUAUUAUUUUGUUACCAUUUUUCCUUUUAUUUUUUUAACUCUGCAUUGUUGGUUAAGGGCUUGUAAAUAUGCAUUUCACAGUAGGGUCAACACCUGUUGUAAUUAAGCGCAUGUAACAAAUACAAUUUUAUGUUUCCACCACCA